ACAGGCUGGACGAGCAGCGGCGGCGGCGGCCUCUACGCCCUGGUCCGGGCCGCGAGCGGUAGAGGGCGCCGCCGGACGCCGCGAUCGCUCGGGCGGGUCGCUUCUGCCGGCUGGGGAUGGUCGGAGGCCGCCUCAGCUGAGAGCCUUAUCAGCGCCCAGCAGAAGCAGGAGGGGCCGGGCUGGGCCCCGUUUAGGCGGGCCGCGCUCGAUGGGGCAGCGCCGGCGGCGCAGCCUGUGAGGAGGCGCUGCUUUGCUCUCUCCCGCCGGGCGCCGCAGCAAGGAAGCAGCAACAGCAAGGAGCCGCCACCUCCGCGCGGCCCAUUUGCUCCAUGGCAGGCUUGCUUCCCCGCCUCCCUCUGCUGCUGCUGUGGCGCCAGCAGCGGCGCCGGCGCCUGCAUUGCUGGCCCUGGACUCCGGCUCCUCUCAGAGGCGCGGCGGCGGCCGGUGGCGGCGGCGGCGGGUGGGCCGCGUCGCCCUCGGCGGGCAGGUGGCGGGACGCUGCUGUUCCUUCGCCCGGCUCCCUGCCCUCGGCUCCCAGCUCCGCCGCGUCCUCGUGGGCGGCCUCGGCGGGGACCUCACGGAAGAAGGCGGGCGAUCCCCCGGGAGCCGCGCUUCCCCCGGCUGCCGGGCCCGCCGCCGAGGUCUCGGACGCCAAGAGGCUCCUGGCCUUGGCAUAUCCCGAGCGCUGGAGACUGACAGGUACCUCCUCCUCCUCUGCCGCCCCGGGACCGUCUCCCGCGAGGGCUCUGGGGCGCCAAGGGCGCUCCUUGCUACUACCAUGCCCUGCCAAGCUACGUUGGCUCUUCCUUUUCUCUCUGUUUUCUCUUUUUCUCCCACUUCAUUGGCCUCCACCCACUAAAUGGCUGAGAGUUGAGAAAAUGCUUUCCCCCCCAUGAGGUCGUUCUCUUCUACCCCCCUGGUUGCACCUUUGCUGCACCCCACAAAUGCCCACCAUAAAGAACUGACUCUAUGCAGCUUUUUAUCUCUCCCAAACGCCGGACUUCUGGCGCUUAAUCUUUCUUCCCCGCUCCACAGGUGCUACAGUUAUGUUCUCUUUCCCUUUCUGACACAUCCACAAGGAUGUGGUGGUAAAUUUUGAUGUGCAAGAGCUCAUCGUGACAACCCCUCUAGCCAUGCACCCAGGGAGAGUCCAGAAAUGCAGGAAGCUGGGUCGAUCCACUUCUCUAUUAGCUGGCCAUCCUACAACAGUGAGCUGUCCUCAUUCUCUUUCUUCCACCAUGGCUGCAUAUGCAUGAUGCCUUUAGAGCGCAUGCAAAGCACGGUCUGUUCCUCAAAGGUUCCAGAUGCUGUAGUUUGGGACGCUUUGCAAAGGGAGGUGGGGAACUCUGAGGGGUAAACGACAGUGCUCAGUAUUCCUUGAGGGAAAGAAUGUGUUCUGAAGAUGCUUUAAAAGUAUAGUGUGCCAUGGGAUGAACAUCUGAAUACAGUACUGCACUACUUUUAGUGGAACAUACUUCUGUGUGUCCAUAUUCUGUUCCAAGUGGUGAUGCAAAAGUGCAUGCUACAAAAAUUGGAUCUAUGCAGAAAUUUUGCCAUGUGUUACAAGUGGGCAAUGUACUAUGCAAUAUGCUGUAGGAAGGCAGAGAAUGUCGGCCUUGUUGUCUAGGCAGCGCCAUUUUAUUGCCUCUCCCCACCUUCAGUGUGAGCAGCACUGGAUUUAGGGUGGUGCGGGCAGUUCCCCAGCACAGGGUGCCAAGCCAAGGGGGAACAAUAGCAGCAGCAACAACAACAACCACCUAUAUUUAUACGGGUACCUACUCAAAAUUGAGGGGGCGCAAAAUGUUGUCCUUGCUCAGGGUGCCAUAUUACCAAAGUCUGGCCAUGAGUGUCAGUGCAACGUAAUAUUGUGUAGCCUGAGUGAUUAUAUCGUGCAGUGACAUGUUGUUACAUGUUAUCCUGGACUGGCUGUGGUCCAUCAGGGUUAACUAUGAGGAAACCCUUUCAAAGGCCACUUUAUCUUAAUUUAUAUCUGCUGUACAGAUUCCCUUUAAAUUAGGCACUGUGAAAUGCACCUGAUGUUAAGCUGAUGUCUCAUAUAAGUAUUUCACAAAGUAUCCAUGUUUAUUGUGGACAGAAUGCUUCUGAGUACUAGUUUUUGGAAACUCCAGGAGAUGGGAGGCCACAGUGAGAACAGGAUGCUAGAUUAGAUGAACAAUUGGUCUGAUCCAACAGGGCACUUCUUAUGUUCUUAAUACUAAGAAUUCUCCAGUUAGACUGCUAAAAUAUAAGAAGCUGAAGUAUUUUAUAAAAUGUUAAUUUUAUAAUCCUUGCAUCAUUUCCCCCCCAUUUAUUAAACGGCUUAUAUUUUCCCCUAGCUGCUGUUGGCUUUCUGACAGUUUCCAGUGUCAUCACAAUGUCUGCCCCUUUUUUCUUGGGGAAAGUAAUUGAUGUCAUCUACACAAAUCCCACUGGUGAACUUGCUGACAACCUAACCAACCUCUGUGCCUUGCUGAGUGGAAUAUUUUUAUGUGGUGCUGCUGCCAAUGCAAUCCGUGUCUACCUCAUGCAGAUUGCAGGUAAUUGGAAUGAAUACCUAAAAUGAACUUCUGGUAGAUCAAGAACAAGUGGCUGAAAGAAGCUCCAGACUAAUAGUUGCAUAUUUAAAAGCCAGUGGUUAGGGAUGGUGGGAGCUGUAAGCCACAAACAUUUGGAGGGCCACAGAUUCCCCACCCUUUGGUCUCUGGGUUCCUUUCCUAUUAUACGAACUGAAAAUGUAUAUGCUCCAGGGUAUGAAAACAGCUGUUGGACAGCAUCCAGUCUGGAAGCCUGCUACCCUCCACUGGAAGGGGUUAGGAACAGUCGGAGGUCUCCCUCCCCUGGGUUCAUCCAAGCCAGCCCAAAGGAUUGGUGGUUUGGAAGCAGCCAAUGUAAGACCCCCAAACAGGGCAUUGUAGGGUGGAAGCAGAGCAGGGCCAUUGAUGGAUCCACAGACUUUCUGUUGGUGCCAAUAAAGGUUUUGCCCAACCCAACUACAGUAUAGGUUUUGGAGAUUUCCCCCUGUGUGGGUCAGUAGAACUACCUUUGCUUUUCACAAUGUACAGUACUCUGAAAUGCACAAUUAAAUUUCUUUGGAACAUUGUAAUAGUAUGAAUUGCCUUUCUCUGCCUAAUGAUAAGCUUCUUCUCCUAAGUUAUGCAGAAACUACUCCAUCUUCUAAAUGAAUAUUAAUUUUUGAUCCAAAUAUUUAACAGUAGCAAACAAUACAACCCAUAUCCUCCAUUCUCCCUAUAUGCACACACACAAGCACACCAUUCUGUCCAAGCACAUUUUCUUCUCAUUAUACAAGAUCUGUUGCAAAAUGACUUGCAAUUAGUGAAGUUGCUAAUUUGUUUUUUAUAUGUGAAAUCUUUUCAGUGAAUUGUCAUACUUCUUGACCCUCCUAGGACAAAGAAUUGUGAAACGGCUGAGAGCAACAAUGUUUUCCUCUCUCAUGAAACAAGAAGUAGCUUUUUUUGACAAAACCAGCACUGGAGAGCUGAUUAAUCGCUUAUCUUCAGACACUGCACUCUUGGGUCGUUCAGUCACGGAAAACCUUUCUGAUGGGCUAAGAGCUGGCGCUCAGGCUUCAGUUGCAGUUGGGAUGAUGGUAUGUGCCUCUUGUUUCUUUCUCUGUCUCUCUGUUUAUUUCUCUGUCUCUCUGUGUGUGUAUUCUGCCGGCUCAGAGUGUUUAGGAUGAGGUUGCAAAGAUCAGGAGUCCACCUGUGAAGCUGUUUUGUUUGAUACAGGACACAUAUACUGUACUAAGAAUGCCUUUAAAUAUAUCUGGUGAUAUAUUUUUUGUUUGUUAGGUAAUUCUACCUUCUAUUGUGACUUGUGAUGCAAAUGGAUCAUACAACUUGGGUGGGGUUUGAGUCAUUUGUCUGUAGUGAGUGAUAACAGUGCAGUACGGCUCCAAAUGUAUCCCUGAACAGCAGGGACUGAAAUUUUUCCCUUCAGUUGUUCCCCAUCUUGCUUGUGAAUAAUCUAAAUUUCUUUUUGGAGUGGACAGAAUUCAUUUGUUGCUGUAGUAGAGUGCAGUUAAAUGGGGGGGGGGGGCAAAAUGUUAAAAGGAAAUCUCAUUGUGUUAACAUGUCUUUAAUUUAUAGAUUUAGCAGAGUCUAUUUAACUGUACUAAAAUAUUGAUUCAAGGUUACUUCUUUUCCUUCUAGUUUUUUGUGUCUCCCAAACUUGCCACAUUUGUUCUGAGUGUGGUGCCACCUCUGGCUUUUGUGGCUGUUAUUUAUGGAAGAUAUUUACGAAAACUGACUAGAAUGACACAGGAUUCCCUUGCAGAAUCAACGCAGGUCAGUUACGACAUGUUAAAAUAAAAAUACUGAAAGUUCAGUGUUGAGGUUAUAUCACUCUGAACUUUGCCAUUAUUCAGCCAUUUCCCACUCGUUCUCAGCUGUCUCCUGAUAAAGGUUCAGUUAAGGAAAAUGAGGUAACAUCAGGCAUGGAUUGUGGAAGAUGAAGCAACAGGGAUGUUGCAAGCUUUCUAUUCCCCAUUUUAACUGAGAGUGAAGUCCUUUUUUCUUAUUAUGGUAUACAACAGUUUUCUAUGUAACUUUUCUUUGUAGGUGUCAUGGUAGGGUUUGUGUAUAUUGCCUCGUAACAACAAGGUUAAGAAAAUGAAAGCCUGCAUCAACAUUUUGUGUGGGUGGAUCUGCACUGAGCUUGUGUUGUUGGCCUGUUUCAGAUGCCAUGUUGAACUAUACUUGAAAAUAAAGGAUGGCUUAAUAAGAACAAGCAGCAUGCUGGGGGAUACUGCUCAGUAGUGCCUGCUUGGCUCAUUUGACACCUAUUCUUGUGGCUUGUUUGGAGAGAAACUAUCAGUGCUGGUUCACACAUAAUGCAAAACCAGCCUCUGGUUUGCUUCCUUUGUGGGAUGGCAAAGACAGAAGCAGGGGAGGAGCAAAGCAGACACUAUUGAGCAGGGGGCAUCAGCUCACUGCUUGUUCUUGUUAACCUAUUUUAAACUACAGCUUAAUAUGAACUAGGCCAUUGUAUAACUGCCCUCUGUGGCCUGUGCUACAGUGCUUUUUUCCCCAGCCCCAUGUGGUACUGGGGCAUAGCCUUAGAUCACGUUCCAGCUCCCUUUUACACAGGAACACGAAGAGGCAAAAGUUCAGGUAUGUCUUUUAAACCAUGGCAUCACAUGUGAAAUACUUCUAGCAUACGUCUAGUACCUUAGUCUAGUACUUAAAAGCAAUUAGAGCAAUGGUUCCCAACCUUUUUUUGGCCAUGCCCCACCUAAGCAUCUCUAAAAUCCUGAUGCACCCCCGCCCCCACGACAUAGAAUUCUUACUAUUCAAAAAGUGAACUUCUAUUCACGUGGAGGAAGUCUAAAAGGCCAUUCACUGUUAAUAAUUCAUUAUUGAAUUGCCCCCCCUUAAAAAUCAAAUUGCCCCCCUGUGGGCCGUGUAGCUCAUGUUGGGAACCACGGAAUUAGAGGGAUCACAUUUACUAUUAUUUUGGUUUGGGGCACUUGAAAUUCAAGCCUCCUGGUUUAUAUCUAUAUAUAUUUUAAAUGUUAACUGCAGUUAGCAGAAGAACGGAUUGGAAAUUUGAGAACAGUUCGAGCUUUUGGGCAAGAAUUGAAAGAAAUGGAGAAAUACAGGAGCAAAGUUGACCAUGUGUUACAGUUAGCCAAAAAGGAAGCGUUAGCUCGAGCAGGAUUCUUUGGAGCAGUAAGUAUAUGAAGAAGGUGAGGAAUCCAAAAUGUUUCUGUAAUGUCUCUGGGUUUCUCUUGAAUAUUUAUACUGCUAUUUUGAUAUAGGCACCUUCAUUCUCAGAUUUUCCAUCUGUAAAUAGCGUAUCACAACACCCCUACAGAAAAUUAUUUGCACAUCUAGCUGGGAGUUGCACCUCAGGCCAUGUAUCACUUUUUUUGUUUUGUUCUGUUCUGUUUACAGAAGCUUUCCUUGUUAGCAGUAACUGUGACCAAGGCACUUUUUGGAGACCUCGGCCACUAACUGCUCCAGAGAAUUUCCAAUCUAUCCUGAUUUUAAUAGGAACAUUGGUGGGGGGAGAGUGGAUAUCAGAGCUCAUUCAGUGGAAAUUCAGGAUAUAUACUGCAUGAGUAUGGCAGCAUUUCCCCUUUAAACUACCUUUCUGCCUGUCGUGAGCUUCCUUGUUCGUGUAAUGUAAACAGGGACUACAGAUAUACAGUAUUUCCUAAGAAAAUUGGUUGAAGACAUUUACAUGGUUUAUGUUUUCCUAUCUGAUAAGAAAAGACGUAGUCCCAGGCUGGGUAGAGCAGGCAAUGGAUUGGAUCAUAAGAAACUGCCUUGUGAGCCAGACAAUUGGUCCAUCUAACUCUGUGCUUCCUGCACUGACUGGCAGCAGCUCUCCAGGAUUUCAGGCAGGAGCUUUUCUGAGGCUUGUCAGGAGACAUGUUGGACCUUUUCUGUGCAAGGUAGAUGCUCUGCCACUGAUCUGUGGUCUCACCAAACUCUUCCUGCAACAGGUCCCAACAACCUCAAGAAGAAUAGACCUAGGACUGCAGCGGGGGGGGGGGGGGGGAUAGGGAAUCCUUUGCAUGAAUGGAAGUGCCUUCUGCCAGCACAGGGGCUCCUUUGGCUCAAAGUUAAUAUUUAUUUGGCUUUCUUUGGAGACCUUCUGAAAAGUUUGGAAGUACUGAAGAUAAUAGCUGCAUUCCUAAAGAUGCACUCCAAACGUAAUAGAGUUCAUGUACUGAAUGUUGUACUGACUGUUGCGUGUCCAAUUGAUUCUCUUAGAAGAAUGUGAUGAAAGAAUUUAUGUCUUCACUUUUUUAAUUUUGGCAAUAUGGGUACCGUAGAUGCUCUCCCCCCCAAAUACAAUAAAUUACUUUAAGAUUUUAGAUAAAUGUUCUCAAACAUGAGAGAAUUUUAGAAGAUGCCGCUAUGAAGGUUUGGAUUAUCUUGGAAGAUACGUUACUUUUUCUUUUUCAGACUGGGCUAUCUGGGAAUUUGAUUGUGCUCUCUGUUCUGUACAAAGGAGGAUUACUGAUGGGCAGUGCCCACAUGACUAUUGGUGAACUGUCUUCUUUCUUAAUGUACGCCUUCUGGGUUGGCAUAAGCAUUGGAGGUAUGGAUCAUAAAACAUAUGCUUAAAAAUAAUGAGUUAGAAAUAUUAUAGGCAAGCUUCAGUUUAGAAGUAGAGACAUGAUAAGUGUUUAUAAAAUCAUUCAUGGUGUUAAGGAAGUGGGUAAAGAAUAGUGUUUAUCCCUCACCAUACCAGAACUUGGGGUUAUCCAAUGGAACUUAUUGGCAGGAAAUUCAAGAAAGACAAAGGAAAGCACUUAUUUCCAUAUCACACAAGUAAUUUAUGGAAUUUUGCUGCCACAAAACAUGGUGAUGGCCACCAGUUGAGACAAAUCAAUGGAGAAUGUGUCUGUCAAGGACUACUAGUCAUGUUAACUAUAUGCAACCUCCAUGAUCAGACAGAGUAUGUUACGAAACACCAACUGUUGGGGAAUAGCAAGAAUUGCUUUCACGUCCUGCUAGAUGGACACUCGGCCUGAUCCAGCAGGGUGAUUCUUUUGAAAAGUCCUUUAAAGUAUUCUUUAAAGUAUACUUUACUUAAAAGGAAAAAAUAGUUUUCCAGUGCUGGUGUACCAUAUUCAAAAGACAGGGAAAGGCAGUGCCCUCGCAGAAUGACUGCUCUCUGCCAAAAACACCCUAGUCUUAAGAUUUCAAUUUUAUUUAAGUGUACUGUACAUGCUAGCUAUUUAAAAUCUCCUGUUUAGAAGCAGGUUGGCAGAGUUUGUUCUGUCAAACAUGCAAAACUUGUUUUUCAGGCUGAGCAGCCAUGAAGCAGUUAGAAUAAGGAUUUAGGCAGGGAGGUUAUGCCACUCUAUUUCAAGACAAACUACCUGUCCUACAUGUUCCUGUUUGUACAUAACAAUACUUUUUCUUGUUUAGGUUUAAGCUCUUUCUAUUCUGAGCUUAUGAAAGGAUUAGGUGCAGGAGGGCGUCUGUGGGAACUUAUGGAUCGAAAGCCACAACUUCCUUUUAAUGGUAGGUUCUCUGUUUCAUAAAUGUUUAAGCUGUGGUGUGAGCUCCCUAACCCGGAACACCAUCUUACAGCUGAAGUUCCCAUCAGGGCUGGUUUUCAGGCAUACAUAUAGAUGACCCGCGGGUCUCUUGCAACUCUAUAAUUCUGUGACUUGCCCAGGGAUGUUGCUGAUUACCUUUAGCCUGACUCUGUAUGCUCCUUUUUCCCUUGGUGUGUAUGUUCCAUUUAGUGGGGGACUGAAAUUCCCUCCACAUUUUUUCAGAGCUAUUUGAACCCCACCUCUAAAAAAAGGGUGGGUUUUCAGUUGCUUUCAGGGAGAGGCAAGAGCAAUUCCUGCAAAUGUAUUAAUAUGUGUGAGUUUUCCUUACUCUAAGACAAGGUAUCUGUGGUUUGUCUUCUGUGUUUCACACUUUAAAAAAAAAGCCUUACUGGCUUCUGACUGCAGCCUGCAAAACUCCUAAAUUUUCUAGCCAUGUUUUCUCUUCCUGCCUGUGCCACAUCCCCAUAGAAACAACACUAUGUGUUUCCAUAGGGAUCUGGCACAGAUGGGAAGAGGAUAUACUAUAGGAAAACAUGCAAAAGUCUUGCCAACUGUGAUCAGUGAGACCCUUUUCAAAAAGGUAAAAAAACAGAAAAUCCUUAGCUAUGUUGUUUAUAGUAAGGGAAGCCACCCACACACAAAAUUUGAAGGCAUUUUCCCCACCCAUGCCUUAUGUGUAUAUUGUCUCUCAUCCCUCCAAAUAUAUGAGAAGAAUGAACCAAACAUAUCAGCCCAGCUCUUCUGUUCCUAUUGUGUGACCCAUUCUCUGUCUUUGGUGCUGCUAUUGGUGCUGCUAUUCCCUUGGGAGAAAGUGGGAAUAACUACCUAGUUACCUAGUCCAGCUAGGCCAUAAGCAGAAUAAGCCACUGGGGAUUUUCAGAAUGUGCAAAUGCUAAGGUACUUAAUUCCCAGAAAGAACACAGCUAAGGCUCAUGCCCAAUUCCUCUGAUCAGACUGGUCCAGGUUGCCUUAUAGAUAACAUUUAAAAAUGAGCAAAUCUGUAGAACUCUAAGAAGAAUCACAGUAGAUAACCUGUGCCCCUUAUUUUGAUUUUUUUGAUGGCGCGACUGAAUGCACAUAGCUGCAUCUUACUUGGACAAAUUUUGGGUUCCUCUUUUGUCAUAAAUGUGUUUAUAUUACUGCAAUUUUAAUUUUUAAUUUUUUUUAGAGGGAAUGGUUUUAAACCAGGAUGCUUUCAAAGGUGCUCUGGAGUUCAGAAAUAUCCAGUUUGCAUAUCCAGCUCGUCCAGAAGCAUUGGUUUUUCAGGACUUUACCCUUAGCAUCCCAUCGGGCUCUGUGAUGGCAUUGGUCGGCCCAAGUGGCUCUGGCAAAUCGACUGUUGUCUCUCUCCUGCUAAGGCUUUAUGAUCCAAUCUCAGGUAAGAAUGAGGGUGUACUAGGUCAGCAAUUGUGUUGGAUGCAGUUUUGCAUUCAGAAUACAAUGUGCAGAGUUUGCUUUGCUUCAGCAAGGUGGCGGCCUCCUGGGUCUUCAGACUAUUACAAAUUAUUAAGAUCCAGAGCAACCUUAUCCAAGACUUCCAAAGCAUAGGCAAAUAAAUGUGAUUUUAGUAGGUGACAGGAAGAGACAGUUCCAGUCAGGAUACAAUUGCCAAGAAGACCAUGCAUACAGUAACCUCUGUGGCACUUCACUUCUGUGGCACUUAAGCAUUCUCUCUGCUAUUAUUUCUCAUUCUCCUGAGCCUCCUAUUUCUCCCUCUGUUCCUAGAAUAUUAUCUAACAACCAUCUCUUGUUCAAGGAAGCAUCACUGUCGAUGGUGUUGAUGUUCGUCAGUUAAAUCCACUCUGGUUCAGGAAUAGAAUCGGAACAGUAAGUCAGGUAAGAAGAGAAGCAGUGAUUCUUUGUAUAUUUAUCCUAAUUGUUGCACUCCUUGUGAAAGGUAGAUUCUUGUUGCAAUGCUCCAUUUUAAGCUUUGGACAAAAGUUUGAGAACACUUCCUUCUGUAUUCCUAUAGAGUAUAGGAAUACGUCCUUCUAUAUUCCUAUAGAGGGAAUAGAUGCACUGCUGUACAAAAUGUUUAACCACUGCAAUUGGUAGCAAAUAUUAAGACUUCGGAUAUAAAAAAAAAUCUCAGAUAAUAAUGUUGUAUUUUACACGUUAGGAACCAGUUCUUUUCUCAUGCUCUAUUGCUGAAAACAUUGCCUAUGGUGCAGAGGACCCUUCUACAGUAACUACUGAAGAAAUUGAGAGAGUUGCUGAGAUAGCAAAUGCUGCUAGUUUUAUCCAAAACUUUCCAAACGGAUUCCACACUUUAGUGGGGGAGAAAGGUGUUCUUCUUUCAGGUAUGACUUCAAACUUUUCAAAAUGCAUUGUGUAAUAUAUGUGCUUUUAAAAGAUAAUUUUAAUUUUGUUAAUAUCCCAGGGAGGAGCAAAGAGGCCAUGAUCUCCUCUCCAUGGGUCCACAUGCUUACACAUUUGCACUGACUGAUAAUUUGGCUUAGCGUGACAAACAAGGCCACUGUCUGUACUUUAUGCAUUCUAUUUCUCUCUGACCUGACUGUUUACAAGUCUCCCUUUAUCCAACCUGCAACUUAGGACAGCACUAUAUUAUAAACAAAGAAAUAAAUUAUUCCUACAGCAGGAUAGCUUAGUUGGUUAGAGCAUAGUGCUGAUAGUGCCAAGGUUACAGGUUCAAUCCCCUUAAAGGACAGCUGCAUGUUUCUUCAAAGCAGGGGGUUGGACUAGAUGAUCCUCAGGAUCCCUUCCAACUCUAUGAUUCUACGAUUCAUUUACAUUAAAUGAUGAAGUGAACCCUAGUCCCCAAAACUUAUGCUUUUAUAAAUUUGUAAAUCUCUAAGGCAGUGAUGGCCAAACUUGGCCCUCCAGCUGUUUUGGAACUACAACUCCCAUCAUCCCUAGCUAACAGGACCAGUGGUGAGGUAUGAUGGGAAUUGUAGUCCCAAAACAGCUGGAGGGCCAAGUUUGGCCAUCACUGCUGUAAGGCAUGGGUAGGCAACCUAAGGCCCAGGGGCCGGAUCUGGCCCAAUCGACUUCUAAAUCCGGCCCACAGGUGGUCCGGGAAUCAGCGUGUUUUUACAUGAGUAGAAUGUGUGCUUUUAUUUAAAAUGCAUCUCUGGGUUAUUUGUGGAAUUCGUUCAUCCCCCCCCUUCAAAAUAUAGUCUGAGCCCCCACAAGGGCUGAGGGACAGUGGACCGGCCCCCUGCUGAAAAAGUUUGCUGACCCCUGCUCUAAGGUGUCACAAGACUGUUGUUUUUGCUGCAACUCACUCAUACAGCUACUCCUCUGGAAAGCUUUAAAAUGUAGUUCUUCUUGCGGAAUUAGUGGAGAGCAAUUAAUCCUCCUGCGUUUAACUAAGAAUUUUCAUAAAGAGAAAAAAAAACAGAAAAAAAUAUAUUUUAAUGUUACAUUUUUUAACAGGUGGGCAGAAGCAACGGAUUGCAAUUGCUCGAGCUCUUCUCAAGGUAAGACAGAAACCAAUUGGCUUUUCUCAUAUCCAUAUCUUGAAAGAAGAACAAGUGAAAACUUAUGUGUCAAAUAGACUUUUCUUAACUGAGGUACUAGGAAUAGGAAAUGUGUUACAGUUGUGGAAUUAUAUGAUGCUUACUAUAGAGUCAAAUUGUCCGGCGCUACUUUUCCAUCGGAAACCUGCUCUACAGGUUUGUCUGGAAUAGAUUGCUCUUCCAGGAGCAGCAUUUUCUCUCUGGGAAGAUAGUAACUUUGAUUAGGGUGUCAAAAGUGUAGUACCUUUGCUUAGCACUUUAAGAGGGUUAGCUUGCAGGUUACUUUAGAAUAAUGUAAAAUGCCUUCCUGUUUGUUGGUAAUAGCUCUUAAUUUAGUUAGAUACAAACUCCAGUCCUUACAUAAAAAUAAAAAAAAGUUUGAGAAAAGGACUUUUAUAGCAGAAUCUUUUUUUUCUAGUAUGUGAUAAAACAUUUUGUUGUUUUAGUACUGAGUACUAAUACAUUGCCAUUUUUGCAAUUGUGCUUUAGAGGAAUCUUAAUAAUCUAGUAGUGCAUAUUAAAAGCUACCAUGUUUACUCCAGUUCAUCCUUAUACGUAAAUAUGUAUUGUUUAUGUCAGCAAUCCAAGGAAUUUCAAAUUUUUGCACAGAAUGACAUUGGCAUGCUGCUCUUCUGAAUGUGUUUGCUUCUUCCAUAUAUUCUUCAUGUAAUUGAAGCAGCAAACUUAGCUGCUUCAUAUCUAUGCUUAUGUAGCAAUUCCACCAGAAACCAGUGAUGUUCAUUGUUAAUAAAGGUGACCUCAUAGUUGCUUUCCACUUGUAUAGAGGAAGAGAGAUCUGAAGUAUUCUCCCUAAUGUUCCAGUUAUUUUUCCAUUGUAUGUACAUUAAUGCAACCUUCAACUAAAAAAACUGUCAAAGUAAAACCAAGUUCAUUUUGUUCUGUAGAAUCCAAAAAUUCUUCUUCUUGAUGAAGCAACAAGGUAAGUAAAACAUUUCCCCCCAGAAGUGAUCAUUUCUUCUCUACUACUGACCUUUUAAUACUUCUAUACUACUCACCUUAUGCCAGAGCAGGCCAUGUAUUUUUCCUCAAAGCAGUUUGGAAGGAACUAUGACUUGAUGUUUCCAACAGUUUCUGACCACAUCUGUGGAAUGCUUCAGCAAGUCCAGGCCAGGAGAUCACAAAAAUCAGCGCAGGAUAAGCUGUGCUCAUUUGUACAAUGAGAGGAGCUGUCUUUCUUUCUGGGACACUUCCUUCUCUCCCACUGGGAAGCUCCCAUUCGGAUGUGCUCCUUGCAUUUUGAAACUUGAUUAAAAAUAAAUUUGAUUAAAAAUGAACACAUUUAAUUAAAUUUCAGUAGGAACUGAUCUGUCAAAAGGUGCUUUGUGUUGCUGAAGACAAAAUGGGUUAAGAUGAUCUUUUCCAAUAAAUAAUGGGAUAUUAUUUUGUCCACAGAAUGUGGACUUUGUGAAAUAACAAUAUUUUAAGUGUAUUUGUGGCAGAUUUUUAAAUGAAAUGAAAACAAGCUGGUUAGACAACUAGUCUGUACUAAAGUAAUAGCUCUCAGAGUGUAGUGGGGGAAUAUAUCACAUCUUUUUCCUUCAAUCUAUUCCUGAAUUAGUGCUUUGGAUGCUGAAAAUGAAUAUCUUGUCCAAGAAGCACUAGAUCGGCUCAUGGAAGGGAGAACUGUCCUCAUUAUUGCUCAUCGUCUGUCCACCAUUCAGAAUGCUAAUUCUGUUGCAGUUCUUGACCAAGGUAGAAUUAUUGAGUGUGGAAAGCACGAAACACUGCUUGCAAACCCAGAUGGACUUUUCAGCAAACUAAUGAAGAAACAGUCUUUUAUCCAGUCUCCUGAAAGUUUUGCAUUAAAUGUGAAAUCCUGAAAGAAAAAUCUUUUUUAAAAUUAUGAAAGAGUAUCAAAAUGUAUCACAUUUCCAAGAAUUUUAAAUUAUGUUUCAGUUUAUGUACAAUAAAUGUUAUAUAUAUUUUUUCAGCGUGUUUCAAAUAUUUUAAAACUUGAUUGUGCUAAACUUUUUAUUCAGAACUACUAACUAUAUUCUGAAGAUACCCAAUACUGAGCUGUUUUCAGGUUGUAAAUUCUUUGUAUUUUGAUUGAUGACUAUCAGGUGGAUGUUCAUUGCUUUUAAGUUAUGGCAGCACACAGAUUUUUCCAUUGUUGGAAAUUAAAACGACAUUUAGUUCUGAAUUUUUUUAAAGUUAUGGGGUUGGAAACAGAGAUCCAUUCAUUGAACAAAGUGGAACAGAGCAGAGGGAAAGUUUCACCAGUUCCCUGUUCCCACCAUUGACCCUUGCAUCCUCCAAAUUUGUUCCGGGGAGUUGGAGAACCCUCUGGUACAGCAUAAGAUAUAGCACAGGAAGCUGAAGGGGGAAUCAUAGAAAAGCUGCUACUAGUUGGGCUGGAAGACAGAAACCUAUGACAGAGAUGGGGGAAUUGUGGCUUUCCAUAUGUUGUUGGACUAAAAUUCCUGUCAUCCCUAGCCAUUGGUCAUCCUGGCUAGAACUGAUAGGGGUCAAAAGCCCAACAAAAUGGGGAAGGCAGAAAUUCCAUCCUAACCUAUUCAAGUGUUGUUGUUUUUUAGAAUAUUUGCCCUACUGACAGGAUUUAGACAUGUUCUUGAGUGUAUCUAAAACUUUCACUCUUCCCAAUUGGAUAAUAUUUUUUUAAUUAAAUCCUGAGGCUAGUAACUGAUUAGCCUCUGUCUUCAGUUCUGUCCUGAUGCCAACAGGACAUUGGAUGACAAUUUAAACUGCCUUUGUAAUCUCUCCUCCACUUUAGGAUUGCACUCUAAAAAUCAUUCUGUCACUUGCUUAAAAAGCAGAACAAGCCGCAUUUAAAACCCAGUGUACAUUAUCUGUUCCACAGUGCCCCACCCCCAUAAAAAAAAAACAUUCAAAAUAGUCCAGGGCAGGGAAGCAUUCACCUGGCACCAAAAAAGUCCGGGGUGGGAAGAGUAUUCACUUUGCCCAAAAGUAUCUUAAUGUAGGCUCAUUUCAUAUAAGGCAGCUUCAUUUGUUCAUAUGUUUAUAAAGAUAUGUUUAAGUCACACAGAAUAAAACUGUAUAAAUAAAUAAAACCAGUUUACUGUGCAUGGGAUUGCAGUCAUAGCCACUUUACUAUUACCCACCAUCUAUUAUAUUGAAUCAAAACUGGAAAUAUGUCAUGAAAUAUAAAAUGGGUAUAACUUAGCAAACAUGUUUAUGCUUAGGUGUGUGUUAAAUAUUGGAAACUUUCAUGAGGUAAACUAUAUUUACUCGGUUGUAAACCUUAUUGAAUUCCAUGGGGCUUAUUCCCAGGUAAAUGGGAUUAGGCUUGCAGCCUUAGAUUGUCAAAGUAAAGAGAACAAAAUUAAUAAUACUAUGCAUU